AUGGAUUUUUGCAAUGGAGGUGUAAAAAUCCUCUUCAUUCUGUCCGGCUUGGCUUUCGUUUUAAUGUUUGUUCCAUUUUCGCAAGCUUCGACUUCCUUAUGGAGCGAAUUAAUUCAUCCAAAAUUAACGGUGAAAAUAACGUCGAAAAUUCCAGGCGGAAAUGUUCGUGUUAAAUGCAUAUCAAGUGAGAAUGAUAUUAUAGGUGGAUAUUUGAAUUCUUCUAGCAUGAAGCCAUUUACAUUUGAAGUUAAACUCAAGUUUCUCACAACAAUAAGAUACAAUUGUUUGUUGACGCAACAUGGGAAAGAAAUUGGACAGUUUUUGGGAUUUCGAAGUGGUUCUUAUUGUGAUAAAGGUUGUAUAUGGGAACUUUAUCCACAUUAUGCUUUGCGUUUGUCUGCAAAAAGAGGUUAUGUAAAUCAAACUUAUAAGGCAAUUGGAAGCCCUGAUGAUCAUAAUUAUGACUAUUCAUAA